AUGACAGUUAAAAAACAACACCGUUCCGCCUUAUUAUUACCGAAGAUGUGGUGGGAGUUGUUGCUAGCGUUAUCAUUCACUCUCUCAUUGUCAUCAUUGCCCUCCAUUGCCGAGGCAAAUGACAAUUUACGCGUGGCCUACGAAUGGAAAGAAAUGGAUUUUAAAUACGGCAAUGCUGAGCUACGUUGGCAGGCCAUAGAAAGAUUUGAAUUUAAACCCGAAAAUGUUAUACCGUUCGGCAUUGAGGUGUAUCAGACACGAUUGUUUGUGACAUUACCACGUUGGCGGGAAGGAGUACCAGCAUCAUUGGCCUACAUCGAUUUAAAUGAUACCUCAACAAAAUCUCCCGCCCUUAUACCCUAUCCCAGUUGGGAGGCCCAUAGCUUGGACGAUACAGAUCCAGAGCUGGUAUCACCUUUUCGAGUACGUGCCGAUCGUUGUGGUCGUUUGUGGGUGUUGGAUUCUCGUCUCGAUGGCGUUCUCGAAGAUACACAAAUCUUUGGCCCCGCUCAGUUGUUGGUCUACGAUCUGCACAACGAUGAUUUGCUGAGACGCCACAUCUUUCCCGCCAAUCAAGUGAAGGAGAAUUCGUUUUAUGCCAAUUUGGCCAUUGAAGAUACGGAUUGUGAUAACACCUUUGCCUAUGCUGGAGAUUUGGGUAAUCCUGGUCUGGUGGUGUACUCAUGGAAGCAGGAAGAAUCAUGGCGUGUUCAACAUCACUUCUUCCAUCCCGAUCCAAUGUCGGGUAAUUUUAGUAUUGGUGGCCACAUGUUCCAAUGGGAUGAUGGCCUGUAUGGAUUGUCUUUGAGCAAGGCACAGGAUGAUGGGUUCUCAAUGCUGUAUUUCCAUCCUCUAACUUCGGUCAUGGAAUUUUCGGUGAAUACUAAAAUUUUGCGUAACAAAACCUUGGCCACAGAGGGGAAAAUUUAUCGGGAAUUUAAAGUGCUGGGUUCGCGUGGCAUUAAUGCCCAAUCGGGUGCCUCAUUUUUGGAUAAGGAGACAGAUGUUCUAUUCUACACCCUGCCGAAUUUAAAUGCCGUUGCUUGUUGGAAAACUACGAGUGUGGAAUAUAGCCCGAAGUCUCAGGGUCGUGUUUAUAUGCAUUCCGUUGAAAUGUUGUUCCCUUCGGAUGUGAAAGUUGAUGGGAAGCAUAACUUAUGGGUCCUGUCAAAUCGUUUACAAGAAUUUAUCUACGGCGAAUUAUUUCCUAAUUCUGUGAAUUUCCGUAUUCUCACAGCUACGGUGAGGGAUGCCAUAGCCGAUACGGUGUGUGAAGAGGGUUUGAUGAGAACCGUCAUUGAUAAUUCGAAUAAUUUGGGUCAAGGAUCAAUGCCCAGAGAUUUUAAUGUGUACAGCAAUCAGCAUCAUCAUAAUCAUGAUCAUGCACAUCAUCAUCACCAUGGUGAUCAUCAAAAUGGUGCCGGAUCGAUCUGA